AUGGUCCAAAUCAGUGAAGUGAAGGGCAAUUCGCGCGAGAACCGCACGGCAGCGCACACGCAUAUCAAGGGUCUUGGAUUACGCUCGGAUGGUACGGCAGAGACUUCUGGUGAUGGCUUUGUUGGGCAAGCGUCUGCCCGUGAGGCGUCUGGUGUUGUGGUGGACUUGAUCAAAGCAAAGAAGAUGGCUGGACGUGCUGUGUUACUUGCCGGUGGCCCUGGAACCGGAAAGACUGCUCUUGCUCUUGCUGUGUCGCAGGAGCUGGGUACUAAGGUUCCGUUCUGUCCGAUCGUUGGCAGUGAAAUCUACUCUGCUGAGGUCAAGAAGACUGAGGCGCUGAUGGAGAACUUCCGGAGAGCAAUCGGUCUGCGAGUGCGUGAAACCAAGGAAGUGUACGAGGGUGAAGUCACAGAGCUCACUCCCGAGGAGACUGAGAACCCCCUGGGAGGAUACGGACGAACGAUCAGCCAUUUGAUUAUCGGAUUGAAGUCGGCCAAGGGUACCAAGAAGCUACGCCUCGACCCCAGUAUCUACGAAGCCAUCCAAAAGGAGCGUGUCACAGUUGGAGAUGUCAUCUACAUUGAAGCCAACACUGGAGCUUGCAAGCGAGUCGGCCGAUCCGAUGCAUAUGCGACCGAAUUCGAUCUCGAGGCGGAGGAAUACGUCCCCGUUCCCAAGGGAGAAGUCCACAAGAAGAAGGAAAUCGUGCAGGACGUGACACUACACGAUUUGGACAUGGCAAACGCUCGGCCGCAGGGUGGACAAGAUGUUAUGAGUAUGAUGGGACAGCUGAUGAAGCCCAAGAAGACUGAAAUUACGGACAAGUUGCGUCAAGAAAUUAACAAGGUGGUCAACCGCUACAUUGACCAAGGUGUCGCAGAGCUUGUUCCCGGUGUUCUUUUUAUCGAUGAGGUUCACAUGCUCGAUAUCGAGUGCUUCACAUACCUCAAUCGGGCCCUUGAAUCAACAAUCUCCCCCAUUGUCAUCCUGGCCUCGAAUCGCGGCAACACCGUCAUCCGUGGUACCGACGACAUCACUGCUGCCCACGGCAUUCCCCCGGAUCUUCUCGCCCGUCUCCUCAUCAUCCCUACCCACCCUUACUCGCCAGACGAGAUCAAGACCAUCAUCCGGUUGCGCGCAAAGACUGAAAGCAUCAACAUCACCGAUCCUGCCUUGGAGAAGGUCGCAGAGCACGGCAGCAAGGUCAGCUUGCGGUACGCCCUGCAGCUGCUGACCCCAGCAAGUAUCCUCGCCCGUGUCAAUGGACGACCGGGAGGAAUCGAAGAAGCCGAUGUGGCGGAAUGUGAGGACCUCUUCCUCGAUGCCAGAAGAAGCGCCGCGAUUGUCAGCCAGGACAGCGGAAAAUUCUUGCUGUGA